UUAGCUUCUUUAGUUGCCAAAUUGAAGCUUUAUGGUUCAUUAGACAAAUUUAGGAAUUAAAUAUUCAAGUUCUAAGAGCAAAAAAGGAAAUCAAGAACAGGGAAAAUUACAGCUAAAAGUUGCAGAAGAAGAUCACAAGAUUUCAGCCUUACCCAGGGUAGUCUGCGACUCUGCAUCUAUCUAUAUUUGGAGAAACAUAGAAUGUAAUCUUGCUUCGUCAUUAGCUCACCUCUUUGUUCCACAAUUAUAGCUGCAUUGUAUCCUUGAAGUCAGAGCCAAAUUUUUAUCUUUGUAAAUUUAGAACAUCAGAGUCAGCAUGGGAGUUCCUAGGUUGAUAGCCAAACUUAGCAACUUGAAGUCAAGCUCAACUUUUGAUGAAGACAAGAACACAAACUGGCAUUCAUAUGACUCAUGGCUAGAGAAGCACCCUUCUGCUUUGGUCGCAUUCAAGAAGAUGAUGCAUGGAGCAGAGAGCAAAAAGAUAGUUGUGUUCUUGGAUUAUGAUGGAACCCUUUCACCAAUAGUUAAUGACCCUGAAGUUGCCUUUAUGACUGAGAAGAUGCGCGCUGUGGUGCACGAAGUUGGCUGUUGUUUUCCAACUUCAAUAAUCAGUGGAAGGAGCAGAGAAAAGGUCUAUGAUUUUGUCCAAUUGGACAAUAUUUACUAUGCUGGGAGUCACGGGAUGGAUAUAAUGGCACCACUACAGCCAUUAAGGAUUAGAGAUUGGAAAUAUCAUGCAAAAGCAGUUGACCGAAAGGGAAACAAGCUUGUCAUCUAUCAACCAGCAAAUAAGUACUUGCCUGAAAUUAAUCAGAUUCAAAAGUCACUAGAAGAGAAAACUGAAGCAAUUGAAGGCGUAAAACUUGAAGACAACAAGUUCUGUUUGUCUGUCCACUUCAGAAAUGUACCAGAUGAGGACUUGGGCACAUUAGAGGAGCAAGUAAAGUCUGUACUUGAAGAACAUCCACAGUUUCGGCUUACAAGAGGUAAAAAGGUCUUGGAAAUACGCCCCCCUAUUGACUGGGAUAAGGGUCAUGCUCUAGAAUAUUUACUUGAUAGCCUCGGGUUGGCUGGCUCCAAUGAUGUUCUCCCAAUAUACAUCGGCGAUGACACAAGUGAUGAAGAUGCCUUUGAGCUCAUACAUCGAAGGAGACAAGGUCAUUCCAUCAUUGUAACUUCCAUCCCAAGAGAAACGUGGGCAUCAUACUCCUUGUAUGACACAACAGAAGUCAUGUUAUUCUUAGAAUACCUAACAAAGUGGAAGAGGAUCAGCUCGGCAAUUUAGUACCACUAUGUUCAUAAAGAUCACAGAAGAAACGCCCAGCAGCCAGGCCAGGCCACCAAGUCAGCCUCUGAACCAAGGGAAAUUGCUAUCGACAUGUCCUAAUAUCGGUUAUUUCACUACAUGAUAUCAUACAUGCCCCCAGUUGCAAAAAGAAGGCGAAAUUUACAUGGAAUGUUCUUCAAAGUCAUGAAGUAAAUAUCAAUACUGUUAUACUGGGCACUAAAUUUUGACAUCAAUCAUAAGGAAUGAUGCAUAUAAAUAUAUAAUGGUCAUCAGCUUGAUUUUCCUGUGUUUUUCUAAUCUGAUGAUAAUUUGUGAUGAAAAAAAAAUGUGUUUGCAUCAAAAUAUCAAAUUAUUGCGUCAAUCUUCUCUUUUUUUUCG